AUGGAUAACUUUUUUGACUCAUAGUUUUAUGAGGUUGAAACUGGAAUAACACUCAAGAAACAAAUUGCAUUUCUCAAAGUUAGGACAAAUAACUUUGUUAGAUGCUAAUUGUAGUUAAUAAACACAAUUUUAACGUUGAGCCAUUUUGAAGAAGAGACUGAAAUCUUGAAUUCGAUAAAUAUAGCCAAUGCAUAUAUCGAAUUUAAUGAUCAUGUCUGUAUGGGGAGAGGAGUGAAAAUACAAUAGUAAAACAAAGAAUUGCUCAUCUUUGGUCUAACUUCUUAAUUGAAAUAAAUACUGAAACUUUAUGGAAUUCAGAAGGAUUUUGCCAAUUAGUAUAGAGUUUUGAAAUAGAUAGGAAGUGGGAGUUUUGGAAAGGUUUACAAAGUAAAGAAUGUUUAAAAUGAACAGCAAUUUGCCGUCAAAAUGUUUGAGAAAUAGUUGUUGCUUGAUCCUCGUGACAAAAGUGCAAUUAGGAAAGAGAUCUAGAUAUUAAGAUUGAUGGAUCAUCCAAAUGUUCUGACCAUAAAAGAAUGUUAUGAGAGUGAUCAAUGUGUAUUUUUGGUCGAGGAGCUUUUCGAGACGCAGAUGGAGAUAAGCCAAGAAAAGAUUCUGAAAGAAGAUAAGGCAAUUAGUUUGUUAUUGAAAUUACUGAAUGGACUUGAGUACAUUCACACCAAAAAUAUAAUUCAUAGAGAUCUAAAACCCAAUAAUAUUUUAUUUAGGAAUUUUGAGGAUCCAGUAAUUGCAGAUUUUGGACUUGCAGAUUUUUACAGACCAGAUGGUGCUUAUCUCUUUUAGAAGUGUGGUACUAGAAAUUACGUGGCUCCUGAAAUAAUUACUACUAAUAAUUAUGAUUAUAAGGUGGAUAUUUAUAGUUUGGGAGUUGUAUUUCAUUAAUUGCUCACUGCAUAAAUUCCACGUCCUUGGGAUAAUUAUUAGCGCUCUCCAGAUUGUCAGGCUCUCUUAACAGGAAUGUUGAAUUCUAAUCCAAGAAAUAGACUCUCAAUUUAAGAGAUUAGAUAAAAUAAACUUGUUAGGCGUCUUUAGAGAAGAAGUUAAAUUUUUGUUGCAAUGGGAAGUCUAUCUGAUGCUGCUAAACCAAAUGGGAAUAGUCCUCCAAAAUAGACAAAGCCAUUCUCGCUUCAUUCAGCAUGA